GUAACGCAGGAGCACCUAGGUACCUUCAAGCAGCCCCGCUCGCCCCUCUUUUCGGUCCCUGCCCCUCAUCAAGCUCCACCAGGCGCAAAGCUGGGGAGGGGAGCUUGACACUCGGUAAAGCAGCAAGCAACCUAGAACCGAUUUGCAAGGGAGCCAUGGAUACGUCGUUUCCCCUGUCCCAACACCCCAACGCACAUCGGCAAAUCCAAUAUCACGAAUCGUCCUUCCAGCGCAAUAGCCUGCCAGGGCUGCCCGGCGUGGAAGUCGCAAACACGGAAACAGUCUUCCAUCACGACCUACAGUCCUUCCAGCACUCGUACAACCCCGCCAGCCAGGCAUCUCCUGCGGCUCCUGCUGCUGCUACUUCUGUUACCGGGCCCAAUGGGGCAGUCAACGGCGGCUUUGGGGUCGAUGAUGCCGAGCCGGCCCUCGCCCAGCCAUCGCAGUCAUUGCCUCGGCUGAGGAAUCACCAAGGAGAGCAGCUGCAGUCAUCCCGAAAACACCUUCCACGCGAGCAACAAGCCACCAGCCAGAACGACCAACGGCGGCAACGAACGGGGCCUCAACAGCAGCUGGAGCAACAUGCCGGCAAUGUACUCGACGCCACUAGCCACAGGCAAUGUACCGUCCUCCCCCAGGAGGGAUUGGACGAUAUCCCGGACGGCCCGCCCCGGCCAGCUUUGGAGGACAAGGCGCAAGGGUUGGGCUCUCUCACACCCCGUGUCGAGGAGAUGGCGUCGCACCCUAGUGGUGGAGACGAGGAUGAUGGCGCGAAUACAGAUGGCCAAGCGGGCGCCAAGUUCGUCCUGGACCCCCCGAAUCUGGCUAGGUGGAGACAGAGGCUCUUCGAUCUGGAGGAGAUGGUGGCUCUGGACCAAGAGGAGUUCGAGACGUACUUCCCGCACGUCGACAACGUCUACUCGCACCGCUCGACGCAGCGCUACAAGCGCAAGCCCUUCGUCACGCACUACUGGGAUUGCCGCAUGAAGGGCCGGCCGCCGGGCACACCCAAGAGCGACGACCCAAACAAGAAGAAGCGCAAGCGCCAGGCCCGGCCCCGCGACCUCUGCGACGUCAAGAUCAAGAUCACCGAGUACUUCCCCGGCGCGGUCGUCAGCGCCGCGGACCUGGGCGGCUCCCCUUCCUCGUCGUCCUCCCCGUCCUCCCCGUCCCCGGCGGUCCGCGAGGCGCUGACGAGGGGCGUCGCGGCGCGGCGGCUGUGGACCGUCCAGAGGGUCAACGGGAACGGGACCAACGGGGCCGGCGACGGGAAGCUGGCGGUGCACCAGCACAGCCUGGACAAGAGCGACGAGAUCAAGAAGAGCAGCGUGCAGAGGUGGGUGGCCGCCCGGGAACGGGACGCCAGGAAGGGCAAGCAGAGGGCGCCGCCCGGGUGGAGGGCGACGGGGAGCGCGGCGGCGACGGCGAGGAGGCAUGCUAAGGAGUCGGACCUCAAACUUUAUGCUUCGUGCUUUUGCCCCUUCUCCCAGAGGGUAUGGAUCGCGUUAGAGGCAAAGGGGCUCCCUUAUCAGUACUGCGAGACGGAUCCUUUCAGGAAACCGAAGCCUACUCAGCUUCUCGAGGCAAAUCCGAGGGGGCUCGUCCCUGCCAUCCGCCAGGGGGAAUGGGCUUGCGGCGAGAGCGCCGUCAUCCUUGAAUACCUCGAGGAACUGGACAGUACAGUCCUAUUGCAUCCCACCGACCCGAGGUUGAAGGCAAACUGCCGGCUCUGGAUUGACUUUAUCAAUACAAAGGUAGUCCCGUCAUUCUACGGCCUUCUGAACGCAACAGAUCCGGAUCCACAGAGUAAAGCCAUCGAGAAGCUACAGCGAGACAUUACUGCCCUUGUCCAGGCCGCAGACGAAGAGGGGCCGUUCUUUCUGGGGGAUCACAUGUGUCUCGUCGAUAUACACUUCGCUCCGUUCGCGCUCCGCCUGACUCGCAUCCUCCAGCCCUCCAGGGCGUGGUACCCCGCACCGCCGGAUUCGCGAUGGCAGCGGUGGAUCGACGCGAUAGAAGAGAACGCCCACGUCCGGAAUACCAUGAGCGCGAAUAAUCUUUAUAGAGAUACACUAGAUCUCUUGAUCCAGGGGUGCCAGUCGCAGGCGGAAUAGGGGGUAGGUGAUAUUUACGGGUUUGGUAAAUGUUGGAAACAUAGAUACCCCAAGCUCUGUAUUUAUUUAUUUUUCAAGUGUUUGCAACAAGUUUCUCGGUUUUGUUAGUUGUUAUGCUGUAUUGAAUCAAUCAUAUCAAGGGGCUAGCGGGUUCAGGAGUGAAUGC